AUGGCUCCAAAGUUUGAUCCAUUUACCCAGAGCUUUACUCUACAUACUGACGAUGGCACUCCAUUUGAAGUGACCCUCGCGGCGAUCGAUGCGCUCUUGCAAUACUGUAUCCGGAUUUGCAUCAACUAUGGCGCGCAACUCGGGGCUUCAGUUGUGCUUCUUAUCAUUCUUUUACUCUUGACGAGGUCCGAGAAGCGUGGCUCUGCUGUGUUCUAUCUGAACAGCUUCGCUUUGGCCAUCAACAUCGGCCGCUUGGUCUCCCAGAGUCUCUACUUCACGACCGAGUUCCUCAGAGUAUACGCUGUCUUUUCACUCGACUACUCCAGAGUGCCCCAGUCUGCCUAUGCAAACUCCGUCAUCUCAACUGUCUUUACUACUAUUUUAUUCAUCUGUGUGCAUGUUUCCUUGGUUCUCCAAGUCCAGGUUGUCUGUGCCACAUUUCGACGCCGGUACCGACAUCUACUUCUGUUCGUGUCGGUGAUUGUUGCCCUGGUCCCAAUUGGGUUUCGUAUGGCCUACAUGAUCGAAAACUCGAUGCGCAUCAUGAAUGCGACCACGAUCGUCUCUAUCCAAUGGUUGGAGAGCUCGACCAACAUUGUCUCGACCAUCAGCAUCUGCUUCUUCUGCACAAUCUUCGUCGCUAAACUGGGCUUUGCUAUCAAGCUACGACACAGGCUUGGGGUGAGAGAAUUUGGACCGAUGAAGGUUAUAUUUGUCAUGGGCUGCCAAACUAUGGUCAUUCCAGCAUUAUUCUCGAUUCUCCAAUACGCUGUCACAGUUCCCGAGUUGUCUUCCAAUGUCUUGACCCUCGUCACUAUCUCUCUUCCACUCUCUUCCAUCUGGGCAGGAACCACUCUUGAUCACCCAAACAAUACAGCGGGUCUUCCACAGCACCGCAGUUUCUGGCAGGCGCUGUCAUUCGGAAACAACAAUACCACCACUACGAACACCAACACUACAAGGAGCAAGCAGAUAUCCAUACCUUCUCCUCUCAAGACCCCAAACACAGUUUGCUAUGCCGAUUCCACAAGGCAACAAGAAGAUCUGGAAUGUGGGUACGGGAUCUCUGUGGAGCAUGACAUUUCUGUUCAUAGCUACAGGAAGGACUUGUAUCCCGAGGUUUGA